AUGGGCUUAUUUGUGACUGAAAACUUCAAAUUUUUUGCAAAACAAAUUUUGGGAACUUAUAAAAUCAAGUCAGUUGAAAUUGAGGGAGCAUGUAUUUAUGAGAAAUUGAAUAUUGAUUUUAUUCCAUCAGAAAUAUCUGAAAAUGAAGAUUUGAGAAAAGCAAUUAACGAUUUUAUUGAUAGAAUCGAGUAAGUUGGAGUUUGACGGAAUAUUUAUAUUUAAUUUUUUUUAUUUGAAGAUUUCCUUACAUUGGAAAUAAAGAUAAUAUCAACAUACAUUCCUUUUCUGAGAAUUUUGAAGGAUAUAUCGCUGCCAAUCCGAAUAUUGAGGAUGUUUAUGAACUUCACGAUUUCAUGAUUUAUCUACAACAUUUUGUGGAAGUUAACAAAUUGAGACAGCGAAUGAAUUCAACUAUUCUUAAAAUUGAACCGAAUAGUUUUGUUGUGAAGAUGUCAAUGAUUUUUGAUCAUUUCAUAUUUCACGUAAAUCAAUCAUCGAAUGAUGAAUGGAUUUUUUUGAUUGAAGGAUCAAGAAAUGUUGAGGAGAAAUGGGAAAUAACAAAACUAGUUAUGUCACCAAGAUUAGAGCUUCUUACAAAUAAUAUAACUCAACGAAGAGCAGCAACUUAUCAUAUGUUGCAUUCAGAACACGAGUAGGUUUAUUUUUAUUUUUUUCAAUUUCAAAAUUUCAUUCUUCCAGAAAUACUGACAUUCUUCAAAUGGUGCAAUUUAUGCCGCGCAAUUCAAGUCAUCCAAAAAUUGAUAUAGAAAAUUGCGGAACUAUUAUUUACAACCACACAUAUCACCAACAUCAAAUGUUCUUCGAACGUUUUGUGGAAUUUUUAAAGUUAUCAGAUUUCAAAGCUGUCAUUGAUCAAUGGAGAAAACCACCAGUAUUCAAAUCGUUUCAAUCUUUUUCUUUUGAAAUCAAAUAUGAAUUAACGAUUUCUGGAAUUCGCAAAGCAUUUGUGGUUAAUCAUUUUGCUGAAUAUGUGAGAUAUUAGACAAAUUUACAGAUUUAAGUAAUAAAUAAGUUUUUGCAGAACUUCAAGCAUGGAUAUUAUCACGAUACAAAACUUGAGCUAACUUGUCCAGUUGAUAUUGCAAGAUACUAUAAAUUCCCAAGAAAUUAUCAUUAA